UAGCUUCAUCGCUCCUGACUCAGCGGUCCGACCCAACAAUGCGCAUGCGCAUCAACUCGGCUGGUCCGCCCUGUGGGUCAAAGGUCACGCCUGAGCAAGCGCUCAGACCAUCCUCUCGGAACCGAUUUUAAACCGCGAUUCAGCCGAGACUGCGCAAGGUCAUGUGACUUACCCCCGGAUAGGCUCGGUUGCCCAAACAACAUAAGGCCACUUCCCUGAAGCCGUUCGGAAACGUCCGUUGGGAGCGUACCAACUUCCGGCACGUGCCGUGUGUUUAGGAGCUGGGUUCUUCCACACCCGGCGGGGUCUGGCCCACGUGAUUGGUGGGCGGGGGGGGGGAGGGCUUCAGGAGCGGCGCAUGCAGGUGUAAAAGUUUUCCUCUCACUUUAAAGACAUGGACAGUUUUGUUGAACAACUGAAAAGGGGGACAGAGGAAGAGUUUACAGAAGAGUCUGUGUGGGAUGGGUCUGCAGUAAACACCACAAGCAGUUCACUUCCAGCUAUCUAUUUACCUUUACUCCCACGGAACCUUCGGCAUCCAACAACCAGAGGUCGAAAGGCAACAGAAUUUCAAGAGACUAAGAAAGCUUGUUUAAAUUACAUUCAGGAUGCCCUGCUACAACACCAGUGGCAGAGGGCUGCAGAGUUCAUGACUAACUAUUUGGAGACAUUAGAGAAUACUUCUGCUGAAAAACGGAUGGCUGCCCCAGAGGUGAUUUGGAGAAUAGGAUCUGAAAUUUUGUGCCAUCAUUCCAAGAGCAGUAUUGAAGAGUUCAACUAUUUUGCUGAGCAGAUGAAAAAUCUAGGAGUAAAAAGGUAUUUAAAGGUCUGUUUAGAGCAUGUCUUUCACCUCCUGUGUAAUGGACUAAUAGAUGAGGCAUACCAAAACCUGUCCCUGGCAGAAGGCUGGAGGUAUGGAGAACAAACAACUGCUCAGGAUAAAGAAUUGAAACUCAUUCAAGCUUACAAGGGGCUGCUGGAUUACUAUAACUGGACCAAAAAAAGAAAAGCCAUGUUAGAGCUUGAUGGUAAUUUUGCAGACUCUGUUGAACAGGAAAUGCACAGUUUCUUUCGGCAGGCAGCAGUGAAUCUCAAGGAGAUAAUUAAAAUACCUGGAGUUUGGGAUCCUUUUGUGAAGAGCUAUGUGGAACUAUUGGAAUUCUAUGAGGAUUAUGAUGAAGUCCGGCAAGUAUUAAGCGAGUACGCUUACAAUUCGAAGUUUCCUCCCAAUCCCAAUGCUCAUGUUUAUUACUAUCAGUUCCUAAAGAGACAGGGUGAAUCAAAGAAGACACUGAUGUCUGUGCUCAAGAUUUUGCACGAGAUUGUUCCCUCUCAUGAAUUAAUGUUAGAAUAUAAUGCCAUGCUUCAAAAAUCAAGGAAAAGAAAAAACCAUAGACUGGGGCUGGAGAUUAUUUUCACGCUCCUAGAUUUUGCUGGGUGGAAGGAGCAUGUAAAAGCUUGGAGCUGUUUAGCAAAACAGAUUAAACAGAUCCUGGAGAACUCGGGCAAGCAUCUUGACUGGGUCACGGAGGAGUGGAACUCUAGAAAGGACUGGUGGCCAGCUUUCCACUUUAGCCACUACUUGGCGAAAAGAAAUUGGCAGGAAAAUGAAAAUCUUGCUUGUGAAAAAGCAUUGGUGGCUGGAAUCUUGCUGGGAAGAGAUUGCAAAUACUUCAAAUAUGUUUCACACCAAGGCUGCAUAGCCAAGAAGGAAAAAUUUCAAACAGUGAAGAAAUUUGUGAAGAAACACAGCUCUGCCCAUUUGAGAGCAUCUGGUGUUUUGGAUUCCUGCACGCACCUUUGAUGUUUACAAGAUGUCUUUAAGGUCCUCUUAUUAAAAAUACUAAAUUAUUUUCCCAGCUUUUCUGUGGGGCUUUUCUUGACAGGUUCUCACUACAAAGAACUUUGAGAGUGGAUUGCUAGCUCAGUACUAGACUCAGCAUAUUGCUGGCCAUAUUCUUGGUUUGUAUUCUUAUUUAUAAUAAAAGGGGAGUAAAUCCA